UCCAAAAAGAAAAGAAAAGAAAAAGUAAGAACAUGAUCAACGAUUAAAUAAUUUAGUUAAGCGAGCAAUCUGUUACUAAGCGAUACAGCUUUUUUAUUCUUCUUUUUUGUUAGCUUUUUUAAAUGUAAUUAUAAAGUGCUCUAUAGUCGCCUACAUACUUUCAAAUACAAUAGUAGUUUGAUUUUUUCUGAAUGCACAUGUCAAUUAGGUAAUUGAGCUGAAGUGAGUGAGAGUCAGAGACACAGAGGGAGGGCUCUGAGCCUGACAGUGGGCUCCAGGCAGUCUCCGGCUGCAGAUGAAGUUUUCCAUCAGAGUGCACCGUGGGACUUUUUGGAAUUCAUAUUAACCAUCCAGACUCUCUCUCUCUCUCUCUCUCUCUCUCUCUCUCUCUCUCUCUCUCUCUCUCUCUCUCUCUCUCUCUCUCUCUCUCUCGCCUCUCUUCUUUCUGACUGAGAUGUUGCGAUGUUCCGUGCUAUCUUUCCAAACGUGGACUUGUUUUGGGUGAUUUCGUUAUAUUUAGUUUUUGUACCGGAGGCUGGUUGUAGAUCAGCCGAUGCAGACAGCUGUCAUGAGGUGAAGACAGCCUACAUGAUGCGCCAGAUAGGCCCGGUGGAGCUGGUGCCAGACAGACCGGGAACAGAUGAGUCUCUCCGAGUGUGUGUCCACCCCGGGCCCAGCUGCUGUACCAGUAAGAUGGAGGACAGUUACAUGGCAGCUGUUCGGAGUGAGACACAGCAGAAGAUGCGAUCCUACAGCUUCGAGCUCAAGUAUCUGAUCACUGGACACACCAGGGCCUACCAAGAGACAUUUGAGUCGCUUCUGUCCUUUACAUCAAAUCUGACCAGUACCCUGUUUGACAACGCCUACUCAAGUCUGGCAUCAGAGUGUCGCCCCCUUGUGCUUCAGCUGUUCAGCGACAUCAAAUACCAUCUUUCUGGAGACUCUAAUUUCACAUUGGACAACACCGUACGUCGUUUCUACAAUGACCUCUUCCCAUUGGUUUACCGCCGCCUUCUCAACCCUGGGAUCGGCCACGCGUCACCUCAGCCCUAUUCCUCCCCCUCCAGCAAUCACGACGACUGCUUGCGGAUGACGCGGCAGGAUGUCAGUCCGUUCGGACCCCAUCCUCGCCUCCUGGUCAGCACCCUAUCCCGUGCACUUGGGGCGGGCCGAGCGUUGAGCCGACUGCUCAGACUGGCUGGAGAGGUCGUGAAUGCGACAGAGAAGGCUUUGUUAUCCAGAGAGUGUGGGCGGGGGUUAGUGAGGAUGCAGUACUGUUCCCACUGUAGAGGGCUGACGCUGAUACGGCCCUGUACCGGACUGUGUGUUAACAUUAUGAGAGGAUGUCUGGUGGGUGUAUCAGAACUUGGCACCCCCUGGGGGAGUUUGGUGGUAUUGCUUCAACGGUUAGCCGCUACUUUAGCAACCAGCAGCAACCACAACAGCAUGGAACUCGCUCUGUUGGCGGUCCGAAACCAUGUGAAUGACGCUAUACUGCACGCUCAGCUGCACGGGCCACGCAUCACUGCGACAGUAGAGAAGGUGUGCGGACCCCAGGGUGCCGGUCCCAUGAUGAUGAGUAUACAUCCCACCUCCACGCAUGUUCCAACAUCUGUGACGUCAUCAAGCUCAGAGCGGUUAUCCAUGACUUCACUACCCUCAGUGGGCCCUACUGUUCAUCAACGCCUGCAGCCACAAUCCCGCAGGUCCUUCCCCCUCAAAGGUUCUAGAGGUGACAAGAGUCGAAGCCUGAAAAAACUGUCAAGGGAGUUUGAGGGCUCCAUUCAGCGGUACCAGUGGUUUUUCUCAGAGCUACCAGAGAUGCUUUGUGAAAGUGAGAUGGAGGUUGAGCAGCACACAUGCUGGAGUGGCCAAGAUGUCGUGGAGAGUUACACAGGACGUGUGGUUGGCAGCAGUUUAAAAGCCCAGAGGGAGAACCCAGAGAUGAAUGUCCGCAAUACAGAUCCUGUCCUGAGGGGGGCGAAACAAAAACUGGAGCAGCUAACACAGGAGCUGUUAGCGGAGCUCGGCUGGGCGAGCAAAGCCAGAGAGAGGGUGGAGGAAGAGGAAGGAGGGAGCGCACAGACAGAGAGAGGCAGUGGAGAUGACUGUGAUGAUGAAGAUGGUUGUGAAGCAUCUGGUGAGGAGAACGGUGAUGAGACAGGUGAUUCCUCCAGCGGUCAUAGUCCAGUGAAGAAGGACAUGGCUCCUCCUCCUCCUCCUCCUCGUCGCCCCGUCCCUCCUCAUCACGUCUCCCCUCCACAGGUGGCUGUUCGAGGCUCAGCCAACACGUUGACUGUGGAGCCCUCACCUUUGACCCUGGCGACCCUGCUAUUCCUGCUGCUGUCACCAUGGGAACCCCGCUGACCAUCCAGAGACACAUCCUGAGACGGACUGAGACAGAAAGACUGAGAGACGACCACACACUGUCUGUUCUGUGGUUAUUUGGUAUUUGAAAUGUCUGAAAGCGCAGCUCGACACUGAUUGUUUCUUUGUGGACGACGAGGCUGGUUUAUCACAGCUGCAGGUGCGCCGUGAGCAUUUUUGUAUUACCUGUACUGACCUCUACAUGUAUGUGUUUAUUUGUAUUUAACUUUGAUAAGUUAGAUUGCACAUCACUACUCACUUUUUUGAAGAGAGAUGUAAAUACAAAUAUAUAUAUUAUAUAUUUAUAUAAAGAGUUUCUAUAGAUAACAAUGGCUUGAUGUGUAAAUAGAGAUUAAUAUAGUGCAGAGCAGAUUGACUUGGAUGUUAAGGGACGUUUGGUUUGGUUUGACCUUUACAUUAUGAAUCCCCCACAGAGACCAAGAUUCAUGACAGCUAUAGUUCAAGCUGAAGGCAACACUGUUAACACAGCAGUGGACUUACAGUGAAGGCGAACAUGUGAGGAUUUAUUAGUGUUAAAGAAAACUCAGCACAAGAAGCUUAAGGGGGGUUUUUCUUUCUAUUGGCAAAACAACAAGUUAUGUGAUACUUCAGGCUAUUUACAGAUAGUUAUCCAACAUGAUGAAGAACUUGACAGUUUGACAUGUUAACCUGUACAAAUGAGGCCAUCCAGCACUUUUUAAAAACACAAACAAGCUGGGUGAUCUUCAUUUCUGCAGCAAGUAUGCACAGACUUUUAACUGCUGUUGUUCCAAAUUCAUAUUCCUCCAAAGUCUUGGAGGUUGUGGGAACAAAUAGUAAAGACGGCAGUCCUCCAAAGAGUUGUAAAAGCUCUAUAGGAAAGGAGGUAACAGCUUUUAUUUCAACUUCAGUUCCAUUUGUAAAACCUAUUAUCCCUCUUAAGCAAAAAAAAGGGGACAUUUGCACAUUUCCAGGUCUAUAAUUUUAUUCUGGGACUGUACUGAAGUAUCAUUAAUGUACAUGAUUCAUAGUUUAAAAAGCCCCUAAGUUCACUCUCUGUAUGAAACAGGCAGUUAUGUCCCCUUUUAAGAAAGUAUACGCAACAACAAAAAGCACCCAAUACACAAAAAGACUAAAUACAGCUCUUGCCAGCUCUUCAGAGGCAGACCGCCAGCUGCCUGAACAAUGAAUAAUUUGACUUCUCAUUAUAACAUGAAACACUGAACUUUCAUGUGAUUUCAUGUCCAAAUGCAUGAAUUAAAACUGCACUGAGAGAUUAUACAAGACACCCGAUAAACAUAGUUAAUGCUUUUUUUAAGUGUGAUACACGUGUCAUCAGCUUGUAUCAGUAUUCAGUGAAGACAAGAGAAGCGAGUAUCAGGAGAGCGAUCACAGCACAGCUGAGCCCAGAUCCAAACAUGUGAAUUAAAUGUAAUUCAUAUUAAUUAGGAUUAUCAUGUCCUCCUGGCUCUCUGUUGAGUCUCAAACCCCCCAAACUGCUCACAACAGCAGGACAGAUAACUGGAAUACUGAUUAAAUAAAUUCAAAAGGCUGCAAAUGAACGAGCUGAAGGACACUGUAUGCAUUUCUGUCAGUGGGUGACUGGCUUUCUUCUCAGAGGUUUCACACUGUGCCGCAUAUUUUAAACUAACUUAGAUGUAUGGAAGACCAAGAAUACAUGUUUCUCAGAAGUUUUUAUCGACGUAGAUUAAGUCCCUUUUGUCCUUGACUUGUCCUGAUAGUAAAACACAUAAAUUUGUCUACAUUUUCAUCACCUGCAACUGUUGAUUUAUGAAGGAAAGUGAAUGACAGAUGAGAUGACAUAAAGAAGUGCUAUUAAGAGUGUAAGUGUGUAAGAUAUCUGGGCAGUGAGCCGAAACACCAUGUUAGCUAGCAGGGUGCUUUUUAUAACAUAAUCUGUCAAACAAGUGUGCUGUUAUUUGAUUACUAUUUAAACGUUAUACCCAAAUGAGAUUUUGGACUGAAGCCAGACCGUCCAUUCCUCAAAGCUCUUCGUAGGCGGCCUCGUACAUAAAUAAAACCCUAAAACUCACACACGCCGUAACUAUUAGUAAGAUGAGUGGAUAUGAAAAGUGGAUGGAUGCACACUAUUUUAUUGUUUUUGCUGUUGUCAACAUGAUUCUGGAGGAGGAUUUUAAAAUGCAAAAAAAAUAUAUUUUCAUAUAUUUUAUAUGCUUAUAAGCUUUGUUUUAUAUAUUCUCAUUUAAAUAAUGGACAUUUAAAGCUCUCUUAGGUAAUAAUUCAAAUGAAAUCGUCUGAAAAUUGAAGAUAAAGUUCAUAUUUCUGUGUUAUUCUAUGGAUGCUCACCUUCGUUUGGGAGCCACAAACUGCUCUCUGUUGAUUGCAAGCUAAAAUCUCUGUAGUACAAUCUUUGUAGUGAAGGAAGUGUGAAUCUUUCAGAGCAUAUUUGUAUAUGAGUUUGAGUGAUGUUUUCCAACCCAAUGUGUUGAGUUACACAGAUAUUGCUUACUGAUGUUUCUCUAGUGCUGUGCUGUCAUAAUGGCAUGCUGGGGUGCUGUGUCAUUGUUAAACAACAUCAUUAAAUAUACUUUAUCCAAGUUUUAAUACCUCUCUUUGUUUAGAUAUUCUAACUGUUUGUUGUAAUAUAGCCGUACAGUUUGCAGAGCCACCAGGACGCAACAAACAACCAGUUAGCAGUUUUGGUUUCUGUCACCACACUCUGAAAACCACUGCGCUGAUAUAAACUAAACCCGUGACUCUCAUGUAAAACUAAAAUAAACCGACUGUA